GUCAUAAAACGUUUAAGUGCGUUCUAGAUGAAUCAAUGGCGGGCCUUUCAUAAAUGAAUUCAUCUUUUUCACAAUGAAUAUAAUUUAUAAAAGUCAGCUCUUUGCCAUCUGUUUGUAUAUUGUCCCUUUGAUAUAUGCCGUACCAACUCUUGUACUUGAUCCAAAUUAUUCACCUCCAUCUUCAAUCCCAGCUGAUGCUGAUAGAAUAUACAGUGUGUCAUUAGGACAUAUCAUUAGUAAAGGUGUCAUUGCCAGAUUGGACGAUGGAACAGGAACAACAAUUACAGACACAGCCGGCUUGACCUUUACUGUGACCUCAAUAGAUUCAACUGGUGCAUCUCCUGACACAUUUGCAACUGGUGGAGCUAACCUUUGUCAGUAUGCCAACAGAAGAGAAUAUCCGAACACGUAUGAAGGCAGAGAUUAUAAAUUCUACUGUAAUACGACUAGUCCCAGUAUGGUUAUAGAAGGUAUCCCUUUGCAUGAUGGGGUUCUAACAGCUGAUGGAUUAUACCAUGUACACACAGCUUUACCCCCAAACAACCGCCAAUUUGUUUUGUCCAUGGAUUAUCUUGGAACCACUCUAUCUGUAACAACAAAUGCAGUUGAAAUAACAACUCCUGCAGCCAAGAUGGGGAUUACGGUCUGGCCUUCAACUGGAACAGUGGCCAAUACAGAUUUUGACAUAACUGUUGAAAUACAAGAUAGUGCCGGUGUCAAAGUGGCAACAGGUAUUGAUGCCACACUUCCUGUUAUGUUGCAAGUGGCAUGGUUUGAAAAUUUACAGUUGUUUAAUGGAAAGGCACCACUCGAGGACAUGUUGUAUGAAACAAAGGAAAGACUUUCAGGAACAGAUGCCAAACUAAGUCGAUCCAACUACCAGAUGUACAUCGAUAAAAGAGCUGUAGCUGGUGAAGUGACUUUUACUGGUGUCCGUUUGUUAGAUGUCCACAGCUGUGCCAAGUUGAAUUUAACCAUGAGAAUGCCAAAUUAUCCACAUUCUAGAAUGCCAAAUACCUACAAUGAUUUCAUAAUGAAUAAGGUAUUCUUCGAUCUCUAUGCCAGUGAUGCAACAAAAUCUAAAAUUUUGUUUCAUAUGAAUGGAACAAGCGAUGGAGCUGUAUUUGUGACAGACUGUAUACCAGUGACAGAGCAGACGGCCACUGCAUUAGAGAUAGUAACACCUUCAGGUGAUAUCAUUCCAAAGAUUGGUGCCAACUUUCCCAUUGAAAGUCCCAUUGUCAUACGGGCACUUGAUGCAUCAGGAGAAAGGGUUUACUCCGGUUCUGAUUCUACUUUAAACAUAACAGGUACAGCUGAUGUUUCUGUAUGCCUUAGUGAUGACCUUCAGACAAUUCCAAUGUCAGAAGGGUUAGCUACUGUAGUAGGCUCUAUAUGUGAGCCUCAUGCAGCCGUCACCCUGAGCUUUGAUGCCACUAGUGUUGUCACUCCUGGACCACUCAGCCAAGUUCAGGUUGGACCUGUGGAAGUGACCAAUGAGAUUCAUCUUGCUGCUUAUUAUUCGAACUAUGAUUCUGGAUCCAGUUCCAAUACAGGAGCUUUCUCAGAAUCUUUUGCUGUGUAUGCAGUGGAGGAUAUUAAUGCUGGAGUUAUGUACCCCACUAUAUUACCAGGUAGACAACUGACCAUGCAUUCAUACAAUACCAAGAACAGCCCAGUUGUGACUACAACAGCUUUUAUGGAGAUGUUAGAUCAUGCUAAGAAAACACCCAAUGAAAGAGUAAGAGGGAUCGUAGGAUUUGGCAGCAACACAGUAACAAAAGGAGUUUCCUCCCUUUUAAAUUUAUACCAAAUGCCAAAUAUAGCCACAAAUGAAGAUGAGUUUUCCUUCAGUGAAAAGAGUGCUUAUCCCUAUUACAACAGAUUAUCAUGGAACAUGGGAUCUCUAUCUCACAGUGUCAUGAUGUCGUGUCGAAACAGAGGCUGGAAAUAUAUGAGCAUCAUAAGGACUGUGGACUUUACUAUUGACACUAUUUUCUUUGAGAAGGCCAAACAGUUUGGUAUUACAAUCUUAGCAGAGGUGGCUAUUCCAAAAGUAUGGGGAGCUACUUAUACACCUAAUGCCUUCAACAGUUCCUUAGAGAAGAUCAAAGAUGCAGGGAGUCGUAUUGUCUGGAUGUUUGUGAUGCCACCAGUCAGCUAUUAUUUCAUGAGAGAAGCUAUUGAUAAAGGAAUGGGCGGUAUAGAUGGAUGGCAAUGGAACAUGUUGGGUCUGUUCGGAUGGGCCUUUCCUUGGGCAAACCAAGGUCCAACAUGUAUGGGAAAUAUAACCUGUUCACAAGGUAUGGUCGGUGGUCACUGCUGGAUUGUUGGCUAUGAUAUGACCAUGGAGACUCCUGUAUGGAGAGGCCUGAUAGAAAAACAUCGUCAUGCCUUCAGGAAGGAUUAUCUUGGAACUGUUCCUAAACUACCUUUCACUGAAAUUCUUGCUGAAUAUUCCCUUGCAUAUGAUGCUGUCAAAAUGUUUGGAAUGGCCAUGUCAAAACUAAUUAAUGAUUCUAGGACUAUAACAGGACCAAGACUUACAGAUGAAAUAAGAAAUAUUUAUAUGGAAAAGAGUUUAACAGGUGAACUACAAUUAAAUGCAAAUGGCGAUAGACCAGGAUAUAUUGGAGUCAUUGUGAAUGUAAAUCCACAUCCGUUCUCAUGGCCAGAGCACAUUAAUGCUUAUCCACCCACUACAGCCAUGUUCACUAGAAUGAUAUUUAUGGACAGUGAUACAGCAACCUCACAGAGAGAAUAUAGCAUGCAGGCUAAACGUCCAAUGGAUAUGAUAUACGGGAUGGAAGUAGCUAACUAUACCAUAGCUUUUACAAAAUAUACAAACUUAAGGCGGUUUAAUGGUUCUGAAGGAAGAAUUGGAACAUGGUCUUUAAAACUAGAGCAAUUGCCAUCACUUAAUGGAACAGCAGUAACAGAAGAAAUAAUUGAAAAGAGUGUGGCCCCUUUUUAUUGUACAGGAGGUUGUGGAGGAAACAGAACUGAUGAUUUUGACAUAACACUAUAUGAGUUUGGUCACUGUGCCAGCUUUAAUAUUUGCGAGUGUAACGAAGGUUACUAUGGCUUAUCAUGUCAGGACAUGACCUGUAACUGUGUAAAUGGAGAAUGUCUUAUUCCAUUAGUAUGUGUGUGUGAAAAUGGAUGGACUGGAUCAAGAUGUGAAGUACCAAUCUGUGGUUUUGACUGUGGAGAUGGUAAAUGUUCGGGACCAGAUACCUGUAAAUGUAACUCUGGAUCUGUAGGAGCACAAUGUAACCAGUCCAUAUAUGUCGUGACGAUCAUUCCAAUAUUAUGUUUUAUAAUAUUUAUUGUUAUCUUGGUCUUCCUCAUCAGAUGGUUAUUAAAAAGACAUCAUUUACGUCAAGCUUUGAAGAACUUAGAUUGGCUGAUAAAAUGGGACGAAGUAGUUGUUGGUGACACCAGAGCCAUGAGUAUUAUGUCCACAGCUGGUGAUGAUUUUGCUACAUCUGCUAAAAGUAAUAUGUGCACUUGGAGAAGUCAAAAGUGUUAUAUCCAGAAAUUCAACUGUGAUACUUUGUCAGUGGAAGAUGAAAAUCUGAGAAUGGAAGUUGUCGCCAUCAGAGAAUUGCGUCACAAUAACUUGGUUCAGUUUGUUGGUGCCUGUUUGGAAUAUCCUAAUGUGUGUUUACUGUCAGAAGUUACACCAAAGGGAAGCUUGGAAGAUCUUUUAUCCAAUGACAAUGUUAAACUUGGAUGGGACUUUAAAUUCUCCUUACUAAAAGACAUCUGUCGUGGAAUGCACUUUCUCCAUUUAUCAGAGAUACAAUCCCAUGGAAGACUCAAGUCAUCAAAUUGUCUAGUAGAUAAUAGAUGGACAUGUAAAAUAUCAGGAUUUGGUUUACCCAGUCUUAGAUACAAUGGACCUAGAAAGAAGUUACCUGAUGAUGACGAAUUUACUGAAAAGAAAUUAACCUCAUUGUUUUGGACAGCUCCAGAAUUGUUGCCAGGCUGCAAAAAUAUUGAUGGUGUUAAACAGGGGACUAAGCAUGGAGAUGUGUACUCAUUUGGAAUAAUUUUGACAGAAUUAUGUACACGAGAAGAACCAUACAGUUCAGAAACUGGUUAUCUAGAACCAGAACAGAUUUUAGAGCUUGUUGUAGAUAAAGAUAGCCCUGGAGCAAGUGAGGCUAAAAAGAUGUGGUAUAAGAGUGGUGGUGAUACAACAAAACUUUUCAGACCUAGUGUGAAAAAUGAACAUCUGCCUGACGAAUAUGCUGCAAAAUCUGGAUUACAAAAGCUGAUGGCUCAAUGUUGGGGUAAUCAUCCAGAACUCCGUCCAUCAUUUAAGAAUGUAAACGAAAAGUUGAAUGAGAUUUAUCCAAUUAAAGGAGAAUUGAUUGAUAACCUUGUCAAUAUGCUUGAAAAAUAUUCCAGUAAUUUGGAACAAAUUGUAGCGGAGAGAACCAAGGAAUUAGUAGAGGAGAAACGUAAAACAGAACAACUCAUUAGUCAGAUGUUACCAAAGAAAGUUGUAGAAGAUCUUAAACAUGGAAACCCAGUCGAACCUGAAAGCUUUGAAUGUGUAACCAUCUUCUUCAGUGACAUUGUUGGAUUUACUAACAUUGCCAAGGGCAGUACUCCAUUCCAAGUUGUAGACUUACUGAAUGAUUUGUAUACUACAUUUGAUGCUAUUUUGGAUAACUAUGAUGUAUAUAAAGUGGAAACCAUUGGAGAUGCUUACAUGAUUGUAAGUGGUUUGCCUAUACGUAAUGGUGAAUUACAUGCUGGAGAAAUAGCCACAUGCUCACUGGAUUUAAUGGCUUCUAUGGUUGGAUUUAAAAUCAGACACAUGCCAGAAACAAUGUUACAGCUGAGAGUAGGAAUGCAUUCAGGACCUUGUGUAGCUGGAGUUGUUGGUCUUAAGAUGCCCAGGUAUUGUUUAUUCGGAGAUACAGUAAACACAGCAUCCCGUAUGGAAUCUAGUUCUAUGGCUUUGAGAAUUCAUAUGAGUGAUGCCUGUGCACAGAUUCUGAUAAGACUUGGUGGAUAUCAUCUUGAUUGUCGUGGAGAAAGAGAAGUUAAGGGCAAAGGUGUUAUGACAACUUGGUGGAUUAAUGGAAAAGAUGGAUUUGACAAAGAACUUCCUGGAAAAGAUAUGGCCGUCUCAUUGUCACAGCAUGAGUUUAAAUAAACAAAUAGAUAGAACUUAUUGUCUAAAGAAUGUCUUUCAUCAAAACCAUCACCUCUGCCUUUGAACAGCCUUGAUUACGACCUUUGCCCAAAGGGGAGGAGACUUGUAACAUAAAUGGCAGAUUGUAUUGUUUAUCGUGACGUUUGUACAAACACUGAGGGAAUACUUGAAUGUAAUAAUUAAAAGACUACUUUAUCUUCAACACCUUUAUGUAACUUUACAUUAUUAUGGAGACUGUUCCUAAAGAAGAUUUUUUGAAAGAUUGCUAUUUCAUUUGAUCAUCUCUCUUUGCAUUAAUGUGAGCUUUAUGAAAGAGCUAUAAAGAUAAAUUCAUAAUAGUUAGAAUGGAGAAAUCCUUCUAAGGGAAAACAUUCAUUCUUUUUAGAAAGCUAUUGCAUAUUUAAAGCACAAGAUAAAUGUUCAAUAUCUUUCUAUAAGAAAAUGACCAUCCCUCUGCAUCACAAAUUACCAUUAUGUGCAAACCUUUGUUAAAUAUUUUUUGUAAGUUACCAUAUUUGAAGCACAAGUCCAAUGCAUUGAUAUUUUUCAAUCAGAUGUCAAAUUAAUGCCUUAAAUUAUGAUUAAAAAUACACUAACUCGAUUAUUUUCAUUCUGAGAAGAAAAAUGUUGACACAUUUAGAGCACAAGUCAAAUAUCUUGAUGUUUUUCUAUCAGAAUGUGAUGUACAAUUUUAGCCUUAAAUUCUGAUGUAAAAUUUGUAAGUUAUAGGUACUAUAAAACUAAGUUUGUUUGGGAAAAUGUUGACAUAUUUGGAGCACAAGCCAAAUAUGUUGAUAUUUUUUUAUCAGAUGUACAAAUUUAUACAGUAAAUUUUGAUGUAAUAUUUUUUAAUCUAUAGACAUAAUGCAGUUACAAAGUUUUUUCACUCUGAUAGAAAUAAUGUUGACACAUUUGGAGCACAAGUCGAAUGUCUUGAUACUUUUCUAUCAGAUGUACAUUUUGACUUCAAGUGUGUUGAACUAGAGACAAAAUGCCAUAAAAUUAAGUUUGUUUCAGUCUGUUCAGGAAAAUGGUUACAUAUUUGGAGCACAAGCCAAAUAUCUCAUUAUUUUUCUAUCAGCUAAACAUUGUAACAGUUCGCUUAAAAUUCUGAGGGAAAGUUUGUUACGCUUUAUAAACAAUACAAUAAUUUAGUAAGAUUUCACUGAUUAGAAAAAUGUUGAUACAUUUGGAGCACAAGACAGUUGCAUUAAUGUUUUUCUAUCAGAUGUACAAUACUAAUUCUGGUUUAAGAAUUGAAAAAGUUGAUCACAAAUUUGGAAGCACAAGUCAAAUUUCUGAUGACUUUUUACUUUUAUUAUAUACAAUUUUUGAAUCUAAAUUUACAGAGAACAUACUGUUAAAUGUUAAGGGCAUACUGAUACAGUUUUGAUCACAUAUUUACAGUUUGAUGAAAAUUUCUAUAUAAGUUAUUUUUUGCCUGAUUAAAUCAAAUAUGUAAUAAAAAAUAUACCUUCAUGUGCUACUUUUUGAGUUAAAUGAGGUCGAAAUUUUGUAUAUUUGCUCAAAAUUCGGAAUUUGUGGCCGUAUUUUGGCUUUCGAAAGAAAGCCAUAACUUUUUUGUGUUACAUUAAAAGAUAAACACAAAUUGUUUUUUGUUAAAUAAUUUGUAAUUUCUGUAUUUAUUUGUAUCCUAAUAAUUUAUGCAUUUUUUAUUUAAAAAUAACUCAUAUUUUUAUCAAAUGGUCGUGAAUUGAGAAAAAAACAUAUUUUUUGCUGUAUUUUUAUCACAAUUAAAAAAAAUUGCACUAUUUACAGUUUUAUAAAAUUUGGUUCACAUAAUCACCCUGCAAAAUGAAACCAAAUGUUGUUUUAAUAAAUAGGGGUCCAUGCACUCGUUUUCAAAUUAAAUCAGUUUGAACAAUAAAAAUCAGUCAAAAAUGCAUCUUUUCCCAUUAUGUCAUAGUUUGACGUCGCGAAAAUAACAUUUUAUGUUAGCAAUGUCAUUAUCUCCCCUGCUACUGUAUCGUAUGCCCUUAAGUCACAUAUUUCAAGCACAAGGCAAAUAUCUGGCUUUCUUUUUAACAGUUUG